AUGCCUGGACACGCAGAAGUAGAGGAUUUGCAGCAGAGUGCUCCUUUUCAGCAUGACCGUCACCAGGAAGCAGCCGUCAACGAGGUUCAGGAUGCACUGGGUGAAAAUAUCACGGGAAUACUGCAACACGUUGUUGCGGAUCCGAUAAGUCUUAUCGGUUGUCAAUCAACGGUUUACGAAGAGUACCGGUCACGAUGUGGCUACUGGGAUGACACGUGCGACCUGGUCAACUUGGAUUCUCUGACGGGACUCGAGCCAGACUUCCUUUACCCGCUGGAAAACGUAACGAUCCCGCAGGGACGAGACGCUACCUUCACCUGUGUGGUGAACAACCUCGGUGGAUACCGGGUGAGUCCUUCCUCCUCCGCGAGUGGAGAUCACGGUGGCGCCAAGGCCCGGGUGGCAUGGAUCAAAGCUGACACCAAGGCAGUCCUGGCGAUUCACGAUCACGUCAUUACAAACAAUGCACGUCUCUCCGUCACUCACAGUGAUUACAAUACUUGGACGUUAAACAUCAAAGGCGCCAGACGCGAGGAUCGUGGCCUUUACAUGUGCCAAGUUAACACGUAUCCCAUGAAAAGCCAGAGCGCGUAUCUGGAAGUGGUCAUUCCGCCGGACAUUGUUUACGAGGAGACAUCCGGGGAUCUUAUGGUGCCAGAGGGUGGCUCGGCGAAGCUCGUCUGCAAAGCUCGUGGUUAUCCGAAACCAGACAUCGCAUGGCGCCGGGAGGAUGGAGGUGAGAUAAUAGCAAGAGACGGCGCAUCUGGCGGCAAGAUCAGACUUAUUACAGCCGAGGGUGAGACGCUGACCUUAUCGAAGGUAACCAGAAGUGAGAUGGGCGCCUAUCUGUGUGUCGCGAGUAACGGGGUCCCGCCGACAGUCAGCAAGCGAAUGAUGCUUCACGUUCAUUUUCAUCCGAUGAUCCAAGUGCCGAAUCAGUUGGUGGGCGCCCCGGCCGGCACGGACGUGACGUUAGCCUGUCACGUUGAAGCUUCACCAAAGGCGAUCAACUACUGGACCCGUGAGACAGGAGAGAUGAUAAUAGGCAACCACAAGUACACUAUGUCAGAGAUCAAGAUUUCCGUGUACAGCGUGCAGAUGAGGCUGAUCAUCAAGAACCUCCAGAAACAGGAUAUGGGAGGGUACAAGUGCAUCUCGAAGAAUUCCAUUGGGGAUGCCGAAGGCAAUAUCCGGCUCUACGAUAUGGAACUGCCGAAACACUCGAAGAAAAAUGGAGACCGUUUGGGCUACGACGACCUGACGGACGGCGUGGGCGAGAGGGACCAGAAUAACAGACUGAAUCACGUGUACCAAGGAUCACUCAGAGAGACAGCUUCGACGUCGCAGACGCCUGGAGAGGACGGUGACGUCGCGACGGCAAUAGCGUCCGAGAAGAUUCGACCCCCAGCUGUCUUUGUGCUACUGAUCGUCUCUUAUCACCUAUCCGUCUACUCGUAAGCAAUGUGAGAGUUGUCCUCGUCGAUUGGAAAAUGACGUCAUUUCCUUUGGGAUCGUUUAACGAAAUUUAAUGGACCUUCAGCAACGGGCGAUUCAGCAAUGGUCCUCAACGACCAUCUGUACAAUUUGUCACGAUAUUAAUUGACGGUUCAUUCUGAAAGCAAUCGGGCGCAUGUAAAUCGCUAAGGCUCGAUGCAGGUCCAACCGAGAUUUACAUUUGGAUGAGUGAGAAGUCUCUACUCUCUCUCUUGUCCUUGUCUCUCUCACUCGGUUUAUAGCCACGUUAAUACAGAUGAAUAUGCAGAUGAGUAUCGCUAGAGUGUCAUAGAUUUACUAACAGCCCACGUAGCAAUUCAGUCCUCCCGUUAACCCGGUCGAGUCAGGGCGCCUGGUUGCUCUUGGACGGCUGAUGUUGAGUCGCGACGGCCCUGCUGCUCUACCGGGGCCUCUUCGAAUAUCCGAUUAUCGCCACUGUCGGCUCGAUAGCUUAACCAUUAGGAAAUCUCAAUCGGGUCAAGUGCGCCGCCUACGUUCACCAGGCACGACGGUGUUUACACGGCGCGAAGAACAUCCAACAGUACCCUCAGGGUGAUCCUGGUUAACCCUAAUGGUAAUUUCUAAGCAAGUGAAUACCUGGCUACAGUUACUUCCAAACUUAAAGCAUAUAUGGACGCGUCCUUAUGUACGUAUGAAGAUAGGCAAACAGUGGAGAGUUCACAAACGAUCAGACCUCACAGUUUACUCAUGAGUACAAGACACUUCGUAAUAACCAUUGCUUAUGCUUAAACCACCAGUGUAUAUAGUGUUUCUUAUGAGCUUGUUCGCCACGGUCGGGACAUCGGAGUCACUUCAGAACCUAAUUCACAUUCACCUGGUACCGGUCCAGACAUCACCUAGGUGACUAGCAGGAUAGCUGCUACACCUUGCUUAGUCACUUGUCUGAAGUCGCUUUUGCGUUUCGACCGUAACGAGCGUGUUACUCGAUAUUGUUUAAGUGGAUUUAACGCGCGGCGACACUGACUUCAGCAUAGAAACGCUACCUUAAAGACCAUCCACUGUGUCUUGUUACGAGGCUGCGUCUCUCUACCUUCUGAAACAAAGACCUGUCGUAACCUACCUUGGUGUAUGAUUGCGUUCCACGUUAUCUGAUAAUGGCUCGACUUGGUUACUGUCUCUUCUACAUUUUUAUACCAGAUCCUUCGUUCCUGAACUGACUACUCUUUUAACUUCAGAUCCUCCACGUCCUCCUCCAACCACCAUCGCCUUGGACUCUCUCCUUGUCAGCUGCCACUGUGCAUUAAGUCCAUUAUAUAUGAGAUGUAAAUAUAUUCCGGCUGAAGGUACACAAAGAAAAGGCAUGGCUGAUGGCAAAGGGAUCUCUAAUGGCGUCUGAAAGGAUCGUUCAAACGAGAACCAUCCAGAAAUUGGAUUAUACUACCUACCUGGUGAUUGUCUUAGAUUUUUUAAUAUCCCAAGAGGAACUGUAUGGAAUAUCCUGAUGACGAUCGUGCCUGGUGGUGAGUAUGGUAACCAUCCAAGAAGCCUCUACCUUUUCUUUAUGUCUUCUUCAGGAUCCGACUACUCUUGUGUCCGGUAAAAAUGUGAAGAUCCGUACGUAUCAAAGCUCAUAUUUCACCUGGGUACAGCCACUGCGUAUUCGUUCUUAAAUUGGCAAGAAGGUCAAUAAGCUCCAGGAUGGAAAUUAACAGGAUUCACAGUCAAUAGCCAUGCAGGCGAAUAUUCAGAAAUAUGGGAUUAUGCAUGGCCAGGAAUACUAGGAUAUAUAGUAUACGUGACUUCGAGGACGAUGAUGCUUUAUGUAUGUAAAUAUCUAACCUCGUGACACUCAUUGUAAUUGAUCUUUUGUACGUAUGACUUUCACCAUUUUACCAACCCUUAAGAUUCGUCCUAUGGGACUGCCUGGAGAUAAUGAAUUAUAUAUAAUUAUAAAUAAUAUACAUAUAACAAUUGGCUGAGGAUAUCAAGCGGAAGAAGCCAUAUCCAACUACGUACACGUUUGUCAAUAAGUUUAUGCAUAUCUAGAAAGUGACACGGCCAUAUCACGACUGUAGAUAAGACGAUAGGAUUAUCGAUGAGGAUGUUUUCUCAUACGCGACUGAAAUUUUCUUAUCUACGUCUUAUACGCGCAAUCUUUUUUGGCAAUGACUCUUCACCUUUGUGCGCAUCACUUGUAGCGUGAUUACACGUGAAUGAGAGAAUAGGAUAACUUAGGCAAUGUCCAGCGCACCUUUAUAUUUGCUCACUGAUUCUUCAUUUCAGUGAGACUGUCAUUUAUUGUGCUAACGGAUGAGGAAGCGAAGAUUCAAUGUAAAUCAGUAUUGAUAUACGUGUGCACGUGAAAGAAGCCCAUUUCGUUUCAGUUCAUUGUGCUAUACCGUGCGAGCUAUCAUUUUCAUGUGAACUUUGAUGAGGUCAGGCCAGUUGAAAUUUUGAAGAUUAUCAUUUUCGUCUGCUUCGUCGUUUAGGAUAUUUUGCACCGUGUAAAGAGUCUCGUUACAUUUAUCAAGUCGUGCCAAAUGUUAUUGUAAAUUCAAAUAGGAAGUGUUGCGCUGUUAUAUAUAAUUUUGUUUUGUAUCUUUUUUUUUAUUCACACGAAUAUUUACAAUUUUUCAUACAGAGUGUAGAGCGUUCUUGUAUCUUUGGAAUUGUAGCGUUUGCGUAAUUUCCUUUUACGUAUAGAUUGUGCAGUCCCAAGUGAAUCGUGUGGUUUACGUGGUAAAUAUUGUUCCGUUGAUUAACGAAUGAAUCGAUGACUGUUAGAGAUUAGGAAGAAGGAAUAACGCGAUAUUAAAUAUUAAUGUAAAUGAGAAUAUAUUUAUGUGUAGAUUGUAAAAUACGGUAUAGGACUCGAGCGAUAUUAAAGUUACUGAAUUGUUGAAUGUAGCUAUUUACGAAGGUUAUAAUAAUAAUAACGCUAACAAUGAUAAUACGUGACGCGCAUACGUUAUCAACAAUCAACGUAUCAAUGAAAAUAUUUUACGCCAAUUCCGGUGAACGAUUCUUCAGCAGUCGUACUUUAUUCUUCGUUAAGUCGUUACGAAUUGUUGAUAAUUUUUUUUUUUUCCAAAGAAAAGAUUAAAAAACAGUCAAUACGCUAGCUUUUAGUCAACCGACGAAUUGAACGAGAAAGUGUCCUAGUUCAGAAAUCUAUUUGUAAUCU